ACCUGUGGCCCGAUUGCUUCUUUUCUAUUUUCUGGCCUUUUUUUCAUUUUUUAGACGCCUGUCUAUCUCUUUGCCCAGCGUAGCAGAGGCCCGGGUGGGUGGAUCGUCUCCAAGUCGGAUCGGCUGUUGGCCUUCCUACACAAAGGCAACAACACUUACACUACAUUUCAAGCGCGCGCGUGUUACUACUCUACUACUACACUACACUACACUACACUACACUACACUACACUACACGACCCUACUACUACACACUACUACUGCUCCCCGCAUCAAUUGUGUCUCGGCAAUAAAAGGGGCUAGGGUGCUCACCACUUUAACAGAUAGGGAAACGAGGCAAGAGGGAAGGGAAGGGCAAUGUCCGAGCAGAAAGGCAACGCCGCUGCAUCAUCUUCUCGACUCGUGGCCGACGAUUCCUCCUCCUCUAGCUCCUCCUCGAGGACGACGGGCGAGGGCGCUCGUUUGGACAUCAGACGACCGUCGCACAGCUCGUUCACGUCCUCGUCAAACAGCAGCAGGAGGCCCUCGGCAUCGACGUCUGUCUCGACGACGCGGAGGCCCUCGAACGUGUCGUCGCGGAGCGCUGUCACGGCCUCGAGCUCGCCUCCGCAAUCGCCUCCGACAACACCCACCCUCCGCUCUGGGAGUCGGAACCGGAUCUUGGCCAGCGCCAGCUCAGCGACCGCCUUGGAUGGAACCGAGCCGCUCUCUCGUGCCCUGUCGACGUCGCCCCUGCCUCGCGCGCUCUCGGCGUCCCCCCCUCCACUACCUGCGGGCAUCAGCAGCGGGAGCAGCAUCAGGUCCUUUCACCCCACCGAGUGGACCAUGCACCGGCGCCAGUCCUCGCCCUCGUCUUCGUCGCGCAACCUGGCCACCAUGGGUAGCCCCGAGGAGGGGGAGGAGGACUCGUCGUUUGCAUCGAUGCGAGCAAGGCGAGGCAGCGUGGCCUCGGCCUCGGCCUCGGUGGCCGAACGGAAAAAGAAGCUGGCCAGCGCGGCGGGGGCCAGUGGGAGGGAAUUUGAUGGCGUAAUCACUAGCGGCAGCGGUGGUGGUGGUGGUAGUUUCCUUGCAAGUCUGCGACGGAAGAACAGCAGUACUGGCGCAAGUCCAAAUGCGUCGGCCCAGUCGCUUGCCCGCAGCAAUAGCAACAGCAGACGGGUCCCUCAAUCGACGAGUGGUGCCUCGCUCGCGUCGGAGUCUCUUGAAGUGCCCAUGCCCGCUGGCAAGACAGAAUCGCCCAUUGUCGGCGUCGGCGGCGUCGGCGGCGGCGAGAGCACGUCAGUGACCAGCAGUGGUGACAGCGUCAAGGCGGCCAAGUCGAGCCUCAAGUCGAGGCUAUUUGGGCUCAGGAGCAGCAACGGCAACAAGGCCGACUCGAAGAUGAAGAAGCUGAACGGCAGCAAGGCGUCCUCGCGACGAGGCGCUGCCUACGACGGCUCGGACCGCGGCGAUACUGCCUCGAUUGCGAGCGAGCACAGCGGCUCCGUCUCGCAAUCGCAGCCAGAGGCGACGCCCUUCUUCACCCCUCCCCUGGGCAUCAGUGGUGGUGGCAAUGGGAGUGGGAGCGAAGAGGCAAUCGUCUCGUCGUCGUUUGCAGACUCCAUCGACGCCCGACUCAGCAGGGUCGACAGUGGCAGUCGCCUGUCUGCCGGUCUGGCGACAUCGCCAGGGGGGGCAGAGGCGACCGCUCGCAGUGGCAUCUCAGCGCUCGGUCCAUCCUCGUCUUCUCUGGCGCAUGAGCCCACGUCGUCGUCGUCGACGAGGUCAAGCAGAGGCGCUGCUCUCGCUGGCCUGGGCCUCGAGUCAGCGUCCAUCCCCACCUCGCGUUCUCAACCUCUACAGCUCAGCGUGCCAGCACGAGACGAACAGGCUGGGGGGUCACCCACCGAGGCAGCCGGCCUCGAACGACCACGAUCGAGAUCGCCAGGAGGCACGAUGCUGCGCAUGGACAGCUGGCCUCCCCGCGAGAAGCGAUCGUCGUCGUUUGUCAGCAUCAAAGCUUCAGCAGGAACCGGUGGUGGCUAUCGUUUCGAGAAUGCGGCCAAUAGCAAAGCGACCAAAGCCGCCAUCGAGUCCAAGGGACCGCUUGGUAAUGGUCCAGACGCUCCGGUCUCGACAUCCCUCGAGACUGCCAGUGUCGACCCGCAACCCAAUUUCCUCAAGAUGGACCCAGCGAGAAGGACACAGAGGCCGCUUCCUGCGUCCAGCGACCCCGCUCGACCAGGCACAAGUCCCAAACUCGGCUCCCCAGCUGCGCUGGACACGGACAAGUUCGAGCGUUCGGCGCGGCCACUGAUGCAGCGCUCCGACUCGUCAAACUCCUCCCUCGACAAGGGCCGAAAGAGGCACAGCAAAACAUCGUCCCUCUCCGCCUCUCGGCCCACGACGAGUGAGGGAACCAGAGUACGGACGACCAACGGCAGCUCCUUUGCCCUGGCCGCUGUCACUACGGGCUCCUCCUCUGUCGAACGGCCCGCUCUGGUGAAGCGACCCUCGUCGCACCACGGCCGUUCUGAUCGAGAGAGCGUGAGCAGCCUGGCCAGCUUUGCAUCGAGUGCCCAAAGCGUAUCGGUGGUGCCAAGAUCCAGCAGCUUGCGAAAUGCGCGCUUGGCAGCAAGCUCCGCUUCGAGCGGCGCAAUCGGUGACCACGAGCGCCUCCCCUCACCGCCCGCGCCGCCGAGGAUGAGCUCGACAAAGAGCAUUGGCAAGAGCGCUGACGGUGCUGAAGGUCCAUCCGUGGAUGGCUUUCAUGCUGGUGACACGCCGCCUGCAGACGACGGCGGCUACAAGUCAAAGAGGACGAGCCUGCUCGAUCUGGAGGCACGUCCCCCGCCAGGGUCGAGAACAUCAGCCGCGAGCGCCGCUGGAGCUGCUGGAGCAGGCGCAUUGGCUGCCAUCCGUGCACGCUUUGGCGACGGCUCAUCAGCCAAGCGUCCAAAGCCGUCGGCGGAGCACGACGAGCAUCGGGACAAAGUGUCGCAAUUGAGGAGCGAUGAAGGCCCCGCCAACUUUGACGCCGCAAGCCCGGAGAGCAUGAAGACGGCGCGGGCCGAGCUGUCGCCAGCCUCGACUUCCGCCCCCCAUUCCACCUCGCCUCCUGACUUUGUCACUGACAUGGGUGGCUCCCUCUAUCCCAUUUCCUCCCACGAGAGCAACGUCAGCGUUGGGCCCGAGAGUACACAGCACCUGCAUGCUGGUGAGCCUAGACGACCAGAAAAGAGCCCUCUCCGGACCAGGCAAGCAGCGCCGUCUUCGGCGAAACCAAUUCCGGUCGGCUCGCCUUCGGCCGAGACGCUUCGAGCAAUCGAGGAAAGGCAAAGGAUGCGGCUCGCACUGGGAGCCAGCCCGCCGAGGAGGAGCAUCGAGGAAGUGGCGCCGAUGGGUGCCAUCAUGGCCAGCUCCCUCUCUGGCAGCUCCUCGUACGACGUCGAGAAUGCAGUGACGCCCACGUCGCCCUCGACUCUGCAGACGGGUAUGCCCAUAUGGAACGACGACAUCAAGCUCAAACCUGUCCCCCUGACUGCCAAACGGCGCAGCAAAAGCUCGCGCCCGGGAUCGGCUUCUGGCCUGAAGCUCGAGGACAGCCCACGCUUACGGCAAGGUAGCCCGAGGCUGAGUGGCAGUCCCAUGAUGCAGGGUAGUCCCAGCGCGAGUUCUCAAGGCAUGGUGAGACUGCGAACGAACAGCCUCAAGAUGCGUGCAAAAGCUGCUCUCCCUGCCGACGACAUGGCCGCCGCUGCUUCAGCCUCGCAGCUCUCUCUCGACUCGAAUGGCGACGCAAGGUCGUCGGCCAGCCAGGAGACAUCGGUGCUGUCUCACGGCACUGCACCAGCCUCGUCUGCUUCGGGCUCCAUGGCGCAGAGGUACAUGUCGCUGAGAAAGGUGACGCCGCCAGCCUUUGGUUUCAACAGACCAUCCGACAAGGACGCAGGCGCGGGCGAUCAGAAGAAGACAUCCAAGUGGAAGCCCUUUUCUGGGGAUGCCAGAGAGGACAGCCCUUCGAGCAGCUCGCUGUCUUUCACGUCCAAGCUCGGCCGCAAGACUACAAAGAGCCGCAAAUCGGAUCCAGCGCUGGCAAGGCCUCAGAUCAGGCGCAUCUUUGACGGCCAGGACAUCGACAGCUCCGACGGCCAGACGCCGGCAGUGGAGGAGGAGCAGGCAGGGGCAUUUGGAGAAGCAUUUAGACGCAACGGCUCGACUCCAUCGCUCGGCGACAAGACCAGGUCGGUCCACUCGCUCGACGCUGCCGGUAAGCUCGGCUCCCCCGUCGCCAAUCUUGGGCCGACCAGCGUAGCCUCGCCGGCAUCGGUGGGCACGCCCGUCGAGGAGCUGACGGACGAGAUGAAGCGCAUCAUCAAGCGGAGGAAUGUCAUCAGGGAGCUCGUCGAGACCGAGAAGAGCUAUGCGUCGGAUCUGGCUGUGGUGCGAGACGUCUAUCUGGCCAGGGCAAAGGCAAAGGCGGGCAUGUCGGCCACGUCGAUUCUGCAUACUCCCUUGUCGGGUGGCCUGAGCUCCUCGUCCUCGACGCCGAUUCCCUCGCCGGGCGGUCUUGGUCUUGGACCGCCGCCGUCGGCAGGUGCAGCAAGCACCACCUCUUCUCGGAGCGGUCUCAUCAAUCAGCGACUCCCUUCGCCGGGCGUAGGUGGGCCAGCAGGGACCUACUCGCCGUCGUUUGCCUCAUCUUCGGACCCGAGCAAUCGCUCGUCGAUGUUCACCGUGUCCUCACAGACAUCGCAGACAUCCGACUCGUCUUUUCCCUUCUCGACGGCCAAUGCGCCGCCGUUGCCUGCCACACCGCCAGCCAUGGCAGGUAUGACGACGUCGACGUCUUCUGGCCAGCUCUCCACGUCUGCUUCGGCGGGCACAGUGCAUGCACAGUCGACGAGCUCGCUAUCAGCGUCUUCACCAGCGCCAGCAUCUGCGCCGACGAGACCCCCGAUGCACGUCUCGACCGCUGGCCACGUCCUCAUGGCAGGCGCACUGGGAUCGCCUGAUGCGCCCCUGACGCCAAGCGACAUCCGCAUCAUCUUUGCCCAGCUGGAGCAGUGCGCUGUCUUUGCUGAUGAGAUGGCUGCCAUACUGGAAGGUGUCAUGGGGUCGUUGGCCCUUUCGCCCUCGCGCACCGCCGCCGGUCAGUCUGUUGAAGAUGCAGAGGAUGACCGCAUCGGCAGGGCGUUUCUCAGUCUCAUGCCGCGCAUCGAAAACGUGUAUACUGCGUACUGCUCCCGACACGAGGCAUCAAUGGCCAGGCUCCAGGAGCUCUCUGCCAACUCGGGCCGUGCUUCGGCCUUCUUCAAGGAUUGCACAGAGGUGGCUCGCAAGCACACCAAUGCGUGGGAUUUGGCUUCGCUCCUUAUCAAGCCAGUCCAGCGCGUGCUCAAGUAUCCGCUGCUGAUCCAGCAGAUUCGUGCCGCAACACCUCCCUCGCAUCCCGAUUAUGAGUGUCUGGCGUCGGCAUUGGAAGAAAUUGGACGGGUGGCAGACAACAUCAACGAGGUGAAGAAGCGCAAAGACAUUGCAGGGCACAUUAUCGCUAGCAGCAGAACUGUUUCGUCUUCUCGCCAGCGCACUGCCACGGGUGGUGAUGGAGGAGGAGCUAAUGAAUCCGUCGUGACGCCGCCAUCGACAAUCAAGAAGGGAAAGAAGCUCAAGGACAAGUCGGGCAGGCACUCGAUGCUGACAACGCCCACCUCGGAUCACGCGUUCGACAGCUAUGCCUCCAUUGUGGAUCGCUUCCUCGCCCUGAGGCGUCGCGUUGAGCAAUUUGCGCAACAGGCCUUGGCGUGGUCGCUGCAUCUUAGGGACCACUACGACGCGGAGAUACGCUUGUUGACGCAGAUGCGCAACGUCAUGCAGCUCACACUACCGCCUUCCUCUCCAUCUGUGGCCCCAGGCACGCAUGACGAGAGCCGCGCAAGCUCUGUUGAAGAGGAAAUGGCUGUGGUGGCAAGCCUCGAGCGCAUCCAAGCAUACCAGGUCUUGAUCCGCACCGUCGUCAAGACCUCGUGGCGGCCCAUGCACUCAGAGAUUGAGCACAACAUUGUGCCAAUGACUGAUCGGCUCCUCCAGAUGUUCGACAAUCCCAUGUCGGUCAUGGCCAAGCGCGACGAGCGAGAAGCCGACUACUUCAAGUAUCGAACGAUGAAGAGCGAUAGAGCGCUGGACAAAAAGGCAAUCGAGAGCGUAAACGGCUUCAUCGCUCUUCACGCCCAGCUUCUGGACGAGCUGCCCCAGUUUAUCUUUGGCGUGCUGACGCUCCUCGACGUGGGCGUGCAGGCAUUUGCGAGGAUUCAGGCCGCUCACUACCUGGAUGUGCGCCGCGCCGUGCUCGACUACUGGCGCGUCAAUAGCCCGAACCCCAACGAGGUGACUCCGACGACGGCCGGCGGUGAGGCGACGAUCCGACAUGUGCAUCCCGUGCGCGCGUACUGGAGUGCUCACCGGCGCACGAGCGAGCUUCUCGAGACGCUGCGCAUCACGUCUUUUGAAGGCAGUGGCGUCUUUGCUUCCUCUGCUGCCUUGGCCGACAUGGCCGAGGCGGCAGGAAAGGGAGACAGAGCAGCGGGAGACGAUAGCGGUUUCGACACCGGCCUCUUGGCGCCACCUUCGUCCUCUCUGGGCCAUUCGCCAUCGCUCAACUCCUCUCCCGUCCCUUCUCGGCGACCGAGCGGCGUGGCUGGCCUGAUGCGAACGAUUUCGGGAAGCUUCUCCAAGGAGUAUUCACCUUCGUCGAGCUCGCCGAAAGUGCCCCUUCCUCCGAUGCCUUCUACGUCCGAAUCGGGUCAUAAUGACACAUCGGUCGUGCCAGAGCGGCCUCCAUUACUGCCCAGCCUCGUCUUUAGAACCGAUGGCGAUGAUGGCUUCUUCAUCCAGAACAGCCCCAUUCCCUUCCUUGACGACAAUCCGGAAGCGCCCAAAAAGGAAGUUUACUUGGGCUCCUCGCCUGCCAUGGCACUCUUGCCUGAACUGUCGUCCACCGAGGCGCAGCCACCGCCGGUACCACCAAAGUCGGAAGGAGCUCUGGGCUCUGAGCAGGCGGAUAUGAAGCCGCCCAUGUCACCGCGGACGCAGCAGCGACACAAAAUGCCGGUUCUCUACACCCUCCAGGCUUCCGAAGCCAGCCCUUCGGACGGACCUCGAGAAGACCGAAUGGGAUGGCCAUGGUUGUCGUUUGAGAUUGGCGACAAGCUUCGCGUCCUGUCGUCAAACAGCGAUGCCGAUGAGGCAGCCGGCGACAACGACCUCGCAAAGACGAUUCUCUUUGGCCGCAUUGACCGAACAGGCAAGCUGGGCUGGGCAGACAAGCUGUACUUUGGUGCCGCUGCGUCUCCUUCGCCCGUGGCGUCCUGAUAUUCUCUUACCUUCAUCCCACCCCCCUGAUCUUGAAACCAUGUCGCUGUAGAUGACGGGAUACCUUUUCGCAACUUGCACGGAUGUACCCUCGACCAAAAUUUGUCACCCAUAGCUAGGUUGUACUGUACUACACUCUUCGAACCCUUCCCCAAAAUUGAAA